AUGACCCAAGGCAAGCCAGGACGACCCAAGGCAAGCCCGACAAGACAGGACAACCCACACGUCCCCAUCCCAGGCCAGAACAAGCCAGGACAACCCAAGGCAAGCCAUACAAAGCCAGGACAACCCACCCGUCCCCAUCCCAGGCCAGAACAAGCCAGGACAACCCAAGGCAAGCCAGACAAGCCAGGACAACCCAUCCGUCCCCAUCCCAAGCCAGGACAACCCACUCGCCCCCACACCAAGCCAGACAAGACAGAACAACCCACUCGUCCCCAUACCAAGCUAGGACAACCUAAGCUAGGACAACCUAAGGCAAGCCAGACAAGACUGAACAACCCACUCGUCCCCAUUCCAAGCCAGGACAACCCACCCGUCCCCACAUCAAGCCAUUCCAAGCCAGGACAACCCAAGAACAAGCCAGACAAGGUGACGCCAGAUGCAGGGACCUGA